UAAUUUCUAUUCAAAAUAUAGUGGUGGGGGCCACAGGCACACCCUGUCACCCGGAGCACAGUGUCCUGUGACUGGCAUUCUCCACUACUACCCCAUGGGGGAAGGAGUUCCCCCAAAGGUGGUACCACCCACCAAAGGGAAGGGAGGUGAGGAGGCAGAACAACCAGGACCCUCUGUGCUGCCCCACCCAGGGGCCUUCAUGACAGUGAUCACCAGUCAGUGCUUCCAGACCCAUCUGUACUUUCUGCGGGAAGCUUGCAUGGGCCUCCGUUUGCAUGGUUUGGACCCAAGUAUGUCCAGGAGAAUGAUGACGUCACAGAACUGCGGUUCCAGAAGGCAGGGUGGCCCAGCGCUCCCACCUUCUUUAGAACAUGGGGAGCUGUGACCUAGGCGGGGCUAGAGUAUAGUUCAUGAGGAAGAGACUCUUCGUUCUACUGAUUCUUGAGGAAAGCCCUGGCUGUCUGGGACCUGGGGUCAGAGAGGGGUAGGAGAGAGAUUCCUCAGGUGCUCAGAGGAGACCAGCAGCACGUCUGGGAGAUCCUCGGGACCACAGGCCCUCAGCUGCACCUUCUCCCCUCUGAAGAUGAUGAGGACGCUACUGAUGUCCUUGGUCAGCUGCCUCGUUGCCAUAAAUGAGGCCAAGCUCAUCAAUCGCUGUGACUUGGCCAGAGUGCUGCACAAGGAGGAUCUGGAUGGGUUUGAGGGCUACUCCCUGAGUGACUGGCUGUGCCUGGCUUUUGUGGAGAGCAACUUCAACCUGUCAAAGGUAAAUGAAAAUGCAGACGGCAGCUUCGACUAUGGCAUCUUCCAGAUCAACAGCCACUACUGGUGCAAUGAUUACAAGAGUCACUCGGAAAACAUUUGCCACGAGGACUGCAAAGGUCUGGCCGGGGUCUCAGGGUGGGAGAGAACUGCUGAGCCCCGAUCUUCUCUCAACCAUCAACUGUGUGAAAAAGAUGGUGUCUGGAGCAGGGGGAAUGAAGAACUGGAACACCAUGCAGAAGAGACGCUGACGGCUAUUAGGGAUGACCCUCUCUGGAGGGAGAGUCGAUAGUUGCCCCUGAGAUUGACGGAUUGGUUAUUUAUCUAUCUAUCUAUCUAUCUAUCUAUCUAUCUAUCUAUCUUUCUGUGUGUUUAGUGACUCUCAGCCUUGUAAAAUGGUGCGCUCCCCCUUCGGGGCCAGAGGAGGAUUUGAAAACGUGGGAGCAUACUGGACGGGGGGAGGAGCCAAACACCACAGAUAAGAGAAAUUUAAAGGAAGGCUCAGAGGGGCCACAGGGGGACAGACCAGAGAGCGAGCAGUGAAGGGGGUUCUGUGCAUUGCCGUGCUGUGCUGUGCUGUGCGUUCACUAAGUGCUGGGUCAUGGAUGUGGAGAAGGAGCUACUAAGUAGGAAGCAAGAACCCAGCCUUCUCUCCACAGGGUGGCAUGGAGGUUGCACUGUGCCGGCCGGCCACUCUCCUACUGGAUGACGGGGUGUCACAAGGAAUGAGACAGGCGUGGAGUCCUUCCAGCGUUCCUCUUCUCGCCUGGGGAUUCUUCAUGCCUUCUUCCUCUUGCCUCCACUUCACGUGAUUUUCUUACUUCCCAUGUUCAAAAAGGACUGACCGGAGCCCCAGAAAUAAUUGGGUUUCUAGGGCUUUCUCCUUGUACCCAUCCAGGCCCAGGCCCCUGGUUCCUGACUGUCAAUCGCAAACCAAGAGAGGACCACAGUGAAGAAGUUGUUCUAUUUGGGGAAUUGUUAAAGCAUUCCUUGUGCAAAGAAUGUGUUGAUUUAUUCAUUUUUAAUUCCAGAUAUCGAGUACCUAGUAUGGCAGGAGGGUGGUAGGGACUAGAAGAAGGAAGGUAAAUCAUAACUAUUGGUCUUGAGGUGUUCACCAUCUGCCUGGAGAAGCAGAGACAUACACGAAUACUGGCUACAGCGAAUGAGUGGAUACAUACAAUGAAUACAUGGUGCUGAUGUGGAGUCGAACCUGCAAAAUGACAACGCAAAGACAGAAAAGGGGCAGUUGGAGGAAUGUUCCACCCAUGGCUACAAUCGGAACUGCCUGAAUAAACUGUCCCACCUGGGCCACUGCUGUCCCUA